GCCGCCUCAAGCCGCGGGAGCCGGCGCGGCGCGGUGCGGGCGGGGCGGCUGCGUCAGUUGGUGUCCGACGCGCGCUAUGACAGGAUCUGAGGGGAGCCGAGCGGGGGCCGGGGGACACCCGCAGGAGGCCGCCUCGGACGGCGCGGAGGGUUUUUUUGUUUGUUUGCUUCGGUGAAGACUGGAGUGAGCGCGCCCUGGCUUGGCACUGAAACCGAGUUCAUGUUUCGCGAGGAGCGAGCGGCCCGUGCGCUGUGGCAGCCGUUGAACGAUCGGCGACCUCCUCUGCGUGCUCUGCGAGGGGCUGCUUAUCCCCAGGUGUCACCGCGAGGCAGACACUUGAGAAGCCAAGCCUGCUCUGCAGGACACGCAGCGGCGAAGAAGAUGCUGCCGACCGCGGCAGACUGGGCGUCGUUCGUCGAGGCAUUCCCCUGCUUGUGUGCUCCCUUCCUGGUGAGGCGCCGGGUCUGUCCCCUGUGAUCGGUAGGCAGCGAGGAGGAGGAGGAAGGAAGCCUCGCCAUGGGGCACAACAGAAGCUGGAUCUCAAGAAACCAGAGUGAGCAUGCCCUCUACCAAGCUGUCACCAGAGCUGUGGAGAUCAGGAACGUGUCUGCGGCGCAAAUCGCGUGGAGCAAGAGGAACGCCAGCGGUUUCGGUGAAAACGGGGAGUACAGUGAAGAACAAACCUACAGGCACUUCACGACCGCUGUGCAAGUCGUCAUCUUCAUCGGCUCUUUGCUGGGUAACAUCACGAUGCUGUGGUCAACCUGCAGAACAUCAGUACUUAAAUCUGUAACGAACCGAUUCAUUAAGAAUUUGGCCUGCUCUGGGAUCUGUGCCAGCCUGGUUUGUGUGCCUUUUGACAUUGUCCUUAGUGCCAGUCCGCACUGCUGCUGGUGGAUCUAUACGAUGCUCUUCUGCAAAAUUGCCAAGUUUUUACACAAAGUCUUCUGCUCAGUAACUAUCCUUAGUUUUCCGGCCAUUGCUCUAGACAGGUACUACUCCGUUUUAUACCCCCUGGAAAGAAAAAUAUCUGAUGCAAAAUCUCGAGACCUGGUUAUCUACAUCUGGGCACAUGCAAUAGUGGCCAGCAUCCCAGUAUUUGCUGUGACCAAUGUAUCUGAUAUUUAUGCCAUGUCCACCUGUUCUGAAUCCUGGAGUUAUUCCCUUGGUCACCUGGUGUAUGUCAUCAUCUAUAACAUCACCACUGUGAUUGUACCAGUGGCUGUGGUAUUCCUCUUUAUGAUUCUUAUCCGCAGGGCACUGAGUGCCAGCCAGAAAAAAAAGGUCAUCAUAGCUGCCUUAAGGACCCCUCAGAACACAGUAUCUAUCCCUUAUGCCUCCCAGAGAGAAGCUGAACUUCAUGCCAUGCUACUUUCCAUGGUUAUGAUUUUUAUUUUCUGCAGUGUUCCCUAUGUGAUUCUGGUGAUUUACCGCACUAUACUCAAUAUUUCAGAUAUUUCAGUCUUCUUGCUCCUCACUGCCAUUUGGUUGCCCAAGGUCUCUUUGCUAACCAAUCCUUUGUUGUUUUUAACUGUCAACAAAUCCGUACGGAAGUGCUUAGUGGGGACCAUAGUACAGUUGCACCGAAGAUAUAGCAGGAGAAACAUUGUCAGCUCUGGUGGUGUUGCAGAUGCUAAUCUGGAGCCCAGUGUCCGUUCGGGGAGCCAGCUUCUGGAGAUGUUUCAUAUCGGGCAGCAACAGAUCUUCAAGCCAACAGAGGAUGAGGAGAAUGAAACCAAAUCCAUUGGCUCUGGUGACUUUCAGCAGAAAGAAAUUCCUACAACAAGUUUAGAGGUAGAACAGACUUUAGUUCACAAAUUCAUACCACAUACAGUUGCAGACUCUGCAGCUCAGGUGGCCCCAACUGUGCCCACAGAAGCUGAUAUGGCCAAUGACAAAUAUUCCAUGCAAUUUGGUUUUGGACCCUUUGAGUUGCCUCCACAGUGGCUUUCAGAAAACCGGAACAGUAAGAAGAGACUCCUGCCUCCUUUGGGAAAUACCCCGGAAGAGCUAAUACAGACAAAGCAGCCAAAGUGUAAAGUAGAAAGAAAAAUCAGCAGAAACAAAGUCAGUAUCUUUCCCAAGGUGGACUCUUAGUAACAGCAGGAGCUGUAAGUGACAAAGGAAUGUCACCUUCUAUUAUAUGUGUGAUCCCAUGGAUCUUAUGCUGAAAUUUGUUACAGGCUAUUUUUUCAAGCUAAUUCAAAAA